AUGAAUUGCACUCCUUUAACAUGGUCAUCAAGUACAGCUGAUAAUCUUAGUCCUACUAUUAUCGUUUGUUCAAUUGCUCUUAUUAUUCAUAUUAUAUUUUGGAUUCAACUUAUACCAUUUUCAUCAUUAAGAAAAAAAAAUUUGAUGUGGUUAUAUGCAUAUUUAAUAACGGAUUUCUUUCUUUUAGCACGAUUUUUUAUUUUAUAUAGUAUGCGUCGUUGGCGUGUAUGUUUAUAUUCAACAUUACGGAUAGUUUUAUGUUAUUGGGAAGCAUCAUCAAAAUUUUAUAUGAAUACAGUACAAAGUUAUAUUUUAUUAGCAUUAAAUAUAUGUCGUUGUGCACAGAUUAUUUUUAAUCGAAAUGUUUUUGUACAAAAUCCUCGUUUAAUUACAUUAACACAUUUUUUAAUUUAUAUAUUACCAGCAUUAAAUGUUAUGAUACAAUUUCUUGCUGAUUGGACUACAUUAUGGCGUAGAACAGGUGAAGCUUGUGAUAUACAAUAUGAAUCAUUAUCUGUACAGAUAUUUAAUUUAUUCUUUGUCUAUAUUAUUCCAAUUGCUUUUAAUUUUAUUAUUAUUGGAUUUUGUAUUCGUCAUGUAAGUUCAAUAAGAGAUAUUCGUAGUCAACAAAUAAUUAAUCUUCGUCGUAAAUAUAAAAAAAAUCUUUUAAUUCAAACAAUUAUAUUUUAUUCAAUUUGGCUUGUAUUAUGGAGUCCAAAUGUACUUGCUUUUCAAUUUAUAAAUAUCAAUACUCAAUCUGGUAUAUAUACUUCAUUACUUAAUUAUAUAGAAAUAGCAGUAGAUCCAAUUCUUUUUUCUGCGAUCGAUGUUCGAUUUUUUCAUUCAUGGCAAACAAUAUGCCGUAAAAUUAAACAAUGUCGACAAAGAACUGUUGUUCCUACAGUACCAAUUGUUCCCAAACAAAAAUAUUGA